CGUCCCGUCACUAGAUACCAGUAAUGUGAUGAGGGCCGGCUGAAAGGGCGGAGCCCUAUAGCCUGCAUCUUACAGCUGAAGUAUGGCAGUGAGACAGACCCGGAUGGCGCUAAUGCACGAUGACAAGCCGGCGCAUGCCCCUCUUGAGCCCUCAUCAAAACCGCCAACCCACAAGGAAGACCACAACCACACGUCUCUCAGCCCCGCUGCGACAGUAGUGACGUCACUGAUCUCCGGAGCCUUAGCUGGUGCCAUCGCCAAGACCGCCAUUGCACCUCUAGAUAGGACCAAGAUCAACUUUCAGACGUCGCAAACUCCUUAUUCAUGGCGAGCAGCUACUCAGUUCCUUCUGAACAGCGCGCGCUCAGAAGGCGUGAUCGCACUCUGGCGUGGGAACAGCGCGACCAUGGCGCGCAUUGUGCCGUAUGCGGCCAUCCAAUUCACCGCUCACGAACAGUGGAAGAAGUUACUGCAUGUCGAUACCCCACAGCAAGCAAAAUCAGCACCAAUAUACCACCUUAUAGCGGGCUCCCUGGCCGGAGUGACGUCACAAAGUGCUACAUACCCCCUAGACCUGGCCCGUGCAAGAAUGGCCGUCACGUCCUCCAGCCAGUAUAGAACGUUAGCCGCAGUCUUCGUGAAGGUUAUCAGAAAAGAAGGAAUAAGAACUUUGUACAGAUACCAUCUAUUACACACCAUAAUGACGGGCAAAGUGGCUGGGAUUCGAAAGUUUGGAAGAAGGACGUCAUGGCUUCGUAACAUCAGGGAGUGGACCGGCAUCCAGACCGUGGAACAAUUGUUCAGGCUAGCUCUGGACAAAGAAAGAUCUAGAAAACUGACUGCCGACCUUCAGUAA